AUGGGCUCGCAGGAAGAUCCGUGCUGUAGCAAAGAGGUGGAUAAUGGAGAAGAUCCUGACGACAAGAAAGACGAAGAGAGUCGGGAAGAGGAUCAAAGAACAAGUGGCACCUAUAUAUCCAAUUAUUCCGCUGACAGUCGCUUGCAUAUGGCAUCCACUGGAAUCGAGAAGCCAAAGCUCGGUUUGGGGAAACCAGAAGGCAAGUUCGAUGAUAAAAAACGACGGAAGAGACGCAUAGGCAGAGUUGAGAAGCAAAGGAAGCCGUCAACCAGACGGCAGCUGAAUAGACGUGCUCCUAAAAGGAAGCCAAGGGCCAGAGGCAACAAGAAAAGGGAUUUGUCGAUCUCAACAAUGUACUCAAGACUAUCGUCCAGUGGCAUUCUCACACCAGCCUGUGAGCGUUGCGGCCACCGCUGUUGCCGACGAAGGUAG